AUGGAGCUGCGGCGGCGGUCGCGGCCUGAAGUGUACGAGGGCGUGGACGCGGGCAGCGUGCACCGGCCGUGGGCUCCUCCUCCGCAGCAGCAGCAGCAGGAGCAGCAGCAGCAGCAGGAGGAGCAGCAGCAGCAGCAGCUGGUGACGCGGGAAGUGCUGCAGCAGCACUGCAGCAGCAGCAACUGCUGGGUGUGCGUGCGGGGCGUGGUGUUCGACCUGUCUCCUUUGGUGUCUCUGCAGCGCAACGCGCUGGCGCUGCCUUUGAUUGAAAACGCAGGAAGGGACAUUUCGGAUUGGUUUUGCUGCUGCAGCAGCAGCGGUUUGCUGCUGCCUGCUGCUGUUGCUGCAGUGCGCAGCGACGCGGCCGAGGUGUACGUACACCCCAGCCGCCCCUUCCUCCACGUCCCGGGCUCGGGGUGUACAGACACCCCGUGGUGGCGCGACCGCCGCUACGUUGUGGGGUGUCUCCUGUCUCCAAGUGUCUCCGUGCAGCUGCUGAGUCCGCUGACGCAGCAGCAGCAGCAGCUGCUGCUGCCGCCCCACACGCCCCUUUCUGUCUCCUUGCUGCAGCAGCUCAGCAGCAGCAACAAACACGCAGCAGCUUAUUCCUUCUCCUUCAAGGGGACAGCUCUCGACCUCUCCCAAACCCCUGCAGCAAACGGGCUGCUGCUCGCCCAGCCCCAAAAGGAGACACCUGCUGCAGCAGCAGCAGCAGCAGAACCAGCAGCAGCAGCUGGGGAGGAGACAGACGGCCAGACGCAGCAAGAGACACCCCCCUAUGUCCCCACCAUACUCAUGCACUUCCAGGACGACCUCCUCGCCAUCUAA